AUAGAAAUCAUUAGAAUCCCCAAAACCAAAUUGAACGAAUAAUCCUUAUUUGAUUGAACUAUCAAGAUGUUAGUACUCUAUUUCUUAUUGAUCAUAUUGUCCACAACAUGGGGCGAUGAGACUACAACUAGAGCGAGACCAAUUGGACCGAUUAUCGCGACCCCUCCUAGUAUCCCCGUAUCCCCAAUUUUUUGCCCACUAAUUUGCCGUAUACGGGUAUGCUCCGAUAUCGUACCCAAAUGUAAAAAUGGAACAGUUCUGGGGAGUAGCUCUUAUUGCAACUGUUGCAAUAACGAAUGUGUCAUACCUAAGGGAGGUGAAUGCCCAUUGGACAACUAUAGAUGUGCCUACCCCUAUUUGUGCCUUAAUAAUACAUGUUCAACGUUACUUUAGGUGAAUGGUACCACGUAUUUAUAAGAAAUAUACGUAACUUUGAAAUGAUAA